AUGGCAGGAUUAUCGAAAACCGUUAUUAGUAUGAACUCUUUUGUUGAGAGUUUAGUAAAGUUGUUUGCACAGACUACCGGUAAAGACAAGUUGGUAAAGAUUCUGCAGUAUGGCGCUAAGCUGUUUGGUUAUUUGUGUCAACAGAGAAAGAUGGCACACUGGGCCGGUGUCUGGAAAAAGAUUGAAGCGUCGGCAGGUGGCUCGAGAAAGGUGUGGCGUUUGGGUAACACGUUUGCAGAGCAACAAAAGAUUCUACAGUUAACAACAACAGGCGAGAACAACGAGCAACUACUAGCUGUACAAAAGAAAAAGAACGAACUUUACCUCAACUGUAUAAAGAACGGUGCCGACGCUGUCAUCGCCGCCAAUCUCUUGAAAUUCUACCAAACAUCACAAGGUACCGUUGGUAUCUGUGGUUUAAUCUCUGCAUUUAUUGGUGCAUAUCAAAUUUGGAAAUAG